GUGGCUUUGAGAGCAACGACUCUUUCACUAUAAAACUGCCAAGUGACUAGCAUCCAGUCUUGUUAGCUUCGCUUCCUGUCAUCUCUUUCUGUCAAUUUUCUUUUUAUCACCGUACUUCUGAUUCGUUACGCCUCUAUGGAAGAAAAAGAGUAUGUUCCGGUGGAAGCCAAGGAUUUUUAUAAGAGAUAUAGUGCACGAGCGUUGUCACCAGAGAUUGUGGUGGUAAAAGAGGAGAUAGAAGAAGAGAUAGAAGAGGAGAUAGAAGAAGAGAUAGAAGAGGAGAUAGAAGAAGAGAUAGAAGAGGAGAUAAAAGAGGAGAUAGAAGAGGAGAGCAGGAGUUUUAGUACCGCUGCUGGCGGCACUAGCAUAGAUAGAGUUCUCAAGGAUGUAUAUGUUGCUGUUGGUAAAGAUGACACAGAUGUUCUGAAAUGGACGCUUGAUAAUGCUGUUUCCCCUGGCACUCGGGUUUUUCUAGUCCAUGUCUUCCCUCCAAUCACCUACAUCCCUACACCAGUUGGAAGAUUAUCAAAGGGCCAAUUGACUGAAGAUCAAGUGAGAUUAUACAUUAAUGAAGAGAGUAACAAGAGGAGGAACCUGUUGCAGAAAUAUGUGAGCUUGUGCAAUGAUGCUAAGGUAACAGUGGAGACAAUGCUCAUUGAUAGCAAGGACACAGCAAAAGCAAUUCUUGAUCUCAUACCUGUUCUUAGCAUCAUCCACCUUGUCAUAGGAACCAAAAGACCACCUCACUCAAGGCGAGUGCAGAAGAAAUUGUCAUUAGGAGAGUUUGUUAGGAAGAAUGCGCCGGACUUUUGUGAGGUUAGCAUUAUUCAUGAAGGCAAGAAGGUGGAGGCCGAUCAGCAAGUAAAUGGCCCGAUCAUGCCGGCAAAUACUCACUACCCUGAAAGAAGCUUCUUCGCAUGCUUUCCAGACAGUGAGCUGCAAGAUUUCUUAAGCAGCAGCAACAGCAAAAGCAGUGACAGAGAUGAUCAAACAAACUCAGUUAUGCACUGUGGAAAAUGGCAGGGCCAAAGACUCAAGUUUAUGACAGAGAUGAAAUGGGAAGGUAGAAGACUGGCAAGCUGAAGAUGCAGAACAGGACCUGUUAGUUAACAAUAAUUAUAACCCCAUAUUUGGUUGUUAAUUAGAAGAAGAAUUAGAGUUAAUAAUGCAGAAGAUGGAAGAUUGAAGAUGGAAGGAAAAGCAAGGGAGGGUUUCAAGUUUAUGAAACAAUCCCAAGUCCCAACAACUCAAUGUGGAGGACACUAUUUUUAUGGGGAAAGAGUCAAAGAGGGUCUAAUUAUAACAAACAUAAAAGAAAUUAUGUAGGAAUGAAAUGAGUUCAUAUUUUUUUUUUCAUGUUC